AUGUCUGCGCCCUUCAACCUGAAGGAGGAUCUCGAGCCUGCCUUGCCCGCCGUCAGCCAAGAUACCGGUCCGGUCAAUGGCACUGCAAGUGAUUACAAUGACGAUAACACACCCGCCAACAAGCGCAAGCUUCAUAGCAUGAUGCGCAAGAACAAGUAUCUCGCAGACCGUCUCGCCAACAGAAAGCAGAGGAACCGCGAGCGCAAGCGCGUGCUGAGAGGAACGAAGGCUGCUCUUCCCGACAAAGCUUCCGAGUCCAUCCGCGGCGACGCCAAGCUCGUCAAGGCCAUGGCCAACCUCAUGCACACCCUCCAGACCGGCUUUGAGAAUGGCUUCUACUUCCCAAUCGACGACGUCGCCAACUGGAUCGAGAAUGAGGAGGCUGAGAACCUGUGCGCUGUCCUUCACCUCCAGGGCACUCAGUCUCGCGACGCCGCCCGCCUCAUGGGCUUCAUGCUUUCACUCGUGAAGGCCGUCAAGGAAUGCCGCGGCAAGUACAAGAAGGGCUCCGACGACAACUCCGAGUUCUUCGAAGCCAUCGCCCAGCAUGUGCGUACCAAGGGCGUUGCCGGCGGCGGUCUCAACGCCAAGGACUUCUCCAUGGAGGCCAUUUCUACGAACACCUGCAAGGUGAUGCUGGAGAGUUUCGUCAAGGCUCGCAAGGACUACUUUGUUGCUUUCCCGAAGGACUCGCAGGAGGGAACCUACACCGCGAAGACAAUAGACCUUCUCCGCUGGAGUUUUCGAAGGAGGACGAGGAGAUGGAGGAUGGCUUGGUUGAAAAUAUGA